UAAACGCGGCAUCUGUUUACGAUUAGAUGUUUAGGAAGUCGACUCUGGGCCUCUUCUUCCUCUUCCUCCACUGAGCUGGACAAAAAAAGGUCUGCAGUUCGCGAUUCAUUGGUGAGAAAUGGCCCCAAAAACCAAAAGAAAGGUUUUAGCAGACAUGCUGGAGGACCUGUCAAAGGAAGACUUUGACAAGUUCUGCAGGCAGCUUCUGGACCGCGGGGACGUCAGACGCAACAAGGUGGAGGGUAAAAACUACCUUGACAUCGCGGAGCUCCUUGUGACAACUUACACCGAGUCCCGAGCUGUUGGAGUGGCUGUGGAGUUGUUGAGAGAGAUUGGCUGCAACGACGAUGCAGAAAGCCUCGUUGAAGAUGCAGGUCGACAAUCCACAAAACCUGGUCCCAGCGACACUGCGAGCCCCUCCGCUGGAGCAAGUGGUGCACAUGCCAUGGCAGAGGGUGGGUGCGCAGGGAAGCACUUUGUGGAUAAACAUAGAAGCCAGCUGAUCAACAGAGUGUGCGAGACUGCAUCAGUUUUGGAUGCGCUCCUUGAGAAUGCAGUCAUCCAACAAGGGACCUAUGAUGAAAUCUUGGCUAUCCCUACCCAUCGGGAUAGGAUGAGGAAGCUCUACUCUGGUCCCCUGAAUUCCGCUGGAGAUGUUGGCAAAGACAUCCUCCUCAACAUCCUUAAGGAAACGGAAAAAUAUUUGAUUGAUGAGCUUAUGGGGAAGAAGUGAAUGUUGUGGGGAAAUACAUGUUUUAGACCAAACAUACAAUCUACCUGAAUGAAAAAAUGUUUAUUUUUAUACAACAACAAUUGGGAAAUAAUUGCAAUACUAAGUCUGUGUGGGGUUUUCAAAGAAAACGUUUUUUUUUUUAGUCAUAAUUUUUUUUACUUAAAUUAGUUUAAAUUUGUAUGGUGUGUAGUGCCUUUCCUGCCCUGAUAAUAAGAGUUUUUCCUGUGAGGUUUAAAACCACAUUAAGGAAAUGUUUAUCAGACAAUUAUGAUUGAAGGUUCCUACCAGACAUGAAAUGUUUGUUCGUCAAACAAAUGGAAUGAGAAUCUUUUCUUAAACCUAAUUAUUUUAUGUAAAGUAAAAUGUGCUUGAUCAUGAAUGUAAUCCAUAAAUUUUGGAUGUGAAGCAAGUUUUACUUUUCAUUAAUGCCAAAUAUGCUGAAAGAUGGCCUUAAUCACUUUUAUUCUGUCCAGCAACAAAAAAGUCUACAAAUGAAUAAAAAUACAUCAUAAAAUCC